AUGUCGCGCAACUAUCGCGAGAGGGCGCUGGUGGGAACUGGUGUUUCCUCGCGAGCAGUAGAGUCCGACAUUGGGUCCAGCUUGUUGAUGAAGUUGGGUUGGCAAGGAGGACAGCGGCUGGGUGAGAAUCAUGAUGGCUUAGAGGAGCCUAUCCAGAUCAAGAGACGGUCUGAAAAUCUGGGAUUGGGAGCCGAGAAAGCCAAAGCGGGACAAUGGAACGAAUGGUGGACUGACAUAUACAAUACCUGUGCGCAAAAACCCAUUGGAGACGAUAUAGUGGCAUCUUCCUCAUCAUCAUCAGACUCAUCCUCAGAUGACGAAGAUAUUUCACACACUGGAUCUCCUGUUGAAGGUGGCGAUAAGAUUUCUGUUUUUAGCAUGAAUGGUAAACAACUGCUUCAGCUGUGCAGAUCUUAA